GGAGGGUGGCGCCGCCGAGGCCGCAGUGCUCGGGCCGCGCCGAAGCCCCGCGCAGCGGCCCCGUGGGUGACGCCGCCGUCGCCGCCCGCCGAGCCUCGCCGGAGCCCCGGCCCGCGCCUUCGCGCCCGGAGAUGAAUGUGGCUGCUUAUGACUGAAUAGAGGUCUGGGAAUGCAGAUGUGUAGUGAAAUAACAUAUACACAUAAGAAACAUGAUUCCGGUGACAGAAUUCCGGCAGUUCUCAGAGCAGCAGCCUGCCUUCCGGGUGCUAAAGCCAUGGUGGGACGUGUUUACCGAUUACCUGUCAGUGGCCAUGCUGAUGAUCGGCGUAUUUGGAUGUACUCUACAGGUCAUGCAGGACAAGAUAAUCUGCCUUCCCAAAAGAGUGCAGCCAGCUCAGAACCACUCCGCUGUUUCCAAUGUCUCUCAGACCGUUGCCAGUGCCCCCCCUCUGCCCCCGCCUAAACCUUCCCCUGCCAACCCCACCACUGUGGAAAUGAAAGGACUGAAGACAGAUUUGGACCUGCAACAGUACAGUUUCAUCAACCAGAUGUGUUACGAGCGGGCCCUGCACUGGUAUGCCAAGUACUUCCCUUACCUCGUGCUCAUCCACACCUUGGUCUUCAUGCUCUGCAGCAACUUUUGGUUCAAAUUCCCUGGCUCAAGCUCCAAAAUCGAACACUUCAUCUCCAUCCUGGGGAAGUGUUUUGAUUCUCCCUGGACCACCCGGGCCUUGUCUGAAGUGUCUGGGGAGGAUUCAGAAGAAAAAGACAACAGGAAGAACAACCUGAACCGAUCUAACACCAUCCAGUCGGGUCCCGAAGGCAGCCUUGUCAAUUCGCAGUCUCUCAAGUCCAUCCCUGAGAAGUUCGUGGUAGACAAGUCCACGGCAGGGGCCCUGGAUAAGAAGGAAGGCGAGCAAGCCAAAGCCUUGUUCGAGAAGGUGAAGAAGUUCCGGCUCCACGUGGAAGAAGGUGAUAUCCUGUAUGCCAUGUACGUCCGCCAGACCGUGCUCAAGGUUAUCAAAUUCCUCAUCAUCAUUGCCUAUAACAGCGCCCUGGUGUCCAAAGUCCAGUUUACAGUGGAUUGUAAUGUGGACAUUCAAGACAUGACUGGCUACAAAAACUUUUCUUGCAAUCACACCAUGGCACAUUUGUUCUCCAAACUCUCCUUCUGCUACCUGUGCUUCGUAAGCAUCUAUGGCUUGACAUGCCUUUACACCCUGUACUGGCUCUUCUACCGCUCCCUUAGGGAAUAUUCUUUCGAGUAUGUCCGGCAGGAGACCGGGAUCGAUGACAUUCCAGACGUGAAAAAUGACUUUGCUUUUAUGCUUCACAUGAUAGACCAGUACGACCCUCUGUAUUCUAAGAGAUUUGCAGUGUUCCUGUCCGAAGUCAGUGAAAACAAACUAAAGCAGCUGAACUUAAAUAACGAAUGGACACCGGAUAAACUGAGGCAGAAGCUGCAGACAAACGCCCACAACCGACUGGAAUUGCCUCUCAUCAUGCUCUCAGGCCUCCCUGACACCGUGUUUGAAAUCACAGAGCUGCAGUCUCUGAAGCUCGAGAUCAUUAAGAACGUCAUGAUCCCCGCCACCAUGGCCCAGCUUGACAAUCUCCAGGAGCUCUCCCUGCACCAGUGCUCUGUCAAGAUCCACAGCGCGGCCCUCUCCUUCCUCAAGGACAACCUCAAGGUCUUGAGUGUCAAGUUUGAUGACAUGCGCGAACUGCCCCCGUGGAUGUACGGACUGCGCAAUCUGGAGGAGCUCUACCUGGUGGGCUCUCUGAGUCAUGACAUUUCCAAAAACGUCACCCUUGAGUCUCUGCGGGAUCUCAAAAGCCUUAAAAUUCUCUCCAUCAAAAGCAACGUGGCCAAAAUCCCUCAGGCGGUGGUGGAUGUGUCCAGCCAUCUCCAGAAGAUGUGCAUCCAUAAUGACGGGACUAAGCUGGUGAUGCUCAACAACCUCAAGAAGAUGACCAACCUGACAGAGCUGGAGCUGGUCCAUUGCGACCUGGAGCGCAUCCCGCACGCUGUCUUCAGCCUGCUCAGCCUCCAGGAACUGGACCUGAAAGAAAACAACCUGAAAUCCAUCGAGGAAAUCGUGAGCUUCCAGCACUUGAGAAAACUGACAGUGCUCAAAUUGUGGCAUAACAGUAUCGCCUAUAUCCCAGAGCAUAUAAAGAAACUCACCAGCCUGGAACGGCUGUCUUUCAGUCACAAUAAAAUCGAGGUGCUUCCUUCCCACCUCUUCCUGUGCAACAAAAUCCGCUACUUGGAUUUAUCCUACAACGACAUCCGGUUUAUUCCCCCUGAGAUCGGAGUGCUACAAAGUUUACAGUACUUCUCCAUCACUUGUAACAAAGUGGAAAGCCUUCCAGACGAGCUGUACUUCUGCAAGAAACUGAAAACUCUGAAGAUUGGGAAAAACAGCCUGUCCAUACUCUCACCCAAAAUUGGAAAUUUAUUAUUUCUUUCCUAUUUAGAUGUCAAAGGCAAUCAUUUGGAAGUUCUCCCCCCUGAACUAGGAGAUUGCCGGGCUCUGAAGCGGGCUGGGCUGGUUGUGGAAGACACUUUGUUUGAAACCCUGCCUUCUGAUAUUCGGGAACAAAUGAAAGCAGAAUAACUUAUUUUUCAUCCAAGUUUGACUGAUAACCUGCUUCUACCAAAUACAGUAUAAAGAAUUAGGUAGUCUUAAUGCCUUUCCUAUUUUAUUAUUUUUCUUUUUUUUUUCUUUUUCACACCAAACAAAAUGUACACAAAGAUUGAGAGUAAGGAGUCUGUAUUUUUUAAAUAAAAAUUCUAUUGUAUUUUUUCAAUAUUAA